ACAACUGAUCAAAUAUACAAAGAGCAUAUCAUUAACAUUAAAUAUGAAAAGUUUUUAUUGUUUUGAUGAUAAUUUUAUGGUGUAAAUAUGAUGUGUGAUGAAUCAACUUUUCACACUUUAAUGUGACAUGGCGAGAUUUUUAUGGGGAAACCUCAUUUAUUUUAUUUUGAAUGGGUGGCAACAAUAUGCUUCCCUGGCAGUGUCAUAUCAAAACUCAUAAAAUGUGCAUACAGGAAUUAAUUAAGGAAAUAGAUUCAGUUUUGUAACUAAGGUCACAGAAUUACCCAAAUAAAUUCUCAGAUGAAGAACAGCCCACCAUUACAUUUUCUAAUACAUUAAUUUCACAAAAAUAAGCCAAAGUAAAGCUCAUUGUAUACAGAUUAAUUAUCCUGUAUGACUUAAAGUGUUUGCACUUAAAUUAUGAACGAUUGUGCAAAUGUUUUAUUACUGAUAAUAUGAAUUUAGAAAGGUCAUUUAAAAAUGUAUUUCAAAACUAGAGUCUUACAGUCUGGACUCAUGAAGGUCACCUACCAACGUCCUCCAAGAAGUGAAUAUUAGCUACGCAUUGAGCCGUGACUGCUCCAUCAUUUCUAUGCAAAUAAUGCAACAGAGGUCAUUUACCACCCAGGUACCAACUUAUCCACACAGGAACAAAAGAUAUUACAUCUCAAAAAUGGAUUUAAAUGUUCAAAAACAAGAAAAAGACAAAAUGAUGAACUCUGAUGGGUCUCCUGAGAGAGGAACCGACGAGGAGAAAAGCAUUCUGGAGAUAGAAAUUCCUCAAGGAACAUCUCGCAGUGGGAAUCCUCUACUUCUGGAUUCAAGGAAACCAUGCAGAGGACCUCGUAGAACCGUUAAAGCUUGGCUUUUGAAGCUGAAGACGUGUUUGGGAUCUGUGUGUGGGAUUGAGUGGUACGGCUAUGCUGCUCUGGGCAUUUUGACCGCCAUCCUGAGUUUUCUGAUGGACCUUAGUGUGGCAAAAUUAUUGAAAGCUCACCAGUGGCUUUUUCUGAACCUGGAGGGAAAUGUGUUGCUGCAGUUCCUUUGCUGGUCUCUUUACCCAGCAUGCCUCUGUGCUUUUGCAUCAACAUUCUCCCAUAACAUCUGUCCCUAUUCCACAGGCUCUGGGAUACCUGAAGUCAGAACCAUGAUAGCUGGCAGCGAAAUGCCCCAUUACUUGUCUCUAACGCACCUGUUUACCAAGUUCCUGGGCCUUAUCUGCACACUGGCAGCUGGCACCACUGUUUUUCUUGGCAAAGUGGGUCCAUUUGUGCAUCUCUCCACCAUGGUAGGAGCCUACCUGGACAACCUCUGCUCUUUCAUACAAGGUGGCAAGAAGGAGAAAGGAGCCACAGGAAUGUUGGCAGUAGCUGCUGGAGUUGGAGUGGCCAGUUGCUUUGGAGCGCCAGUCAGUGGUGUACUGUUCAGUGUGGAGGUCAUGUGCUCUCACUUUGCCCUGAGGCAUUACUGCCCGUGUUUCUUCUCGGCCACCUGCGGCGCUCUGACCUUUCACCUCCUCUCCAUGUGGAGCAGAGAUGGAGAGACUCUUCAGGCGUUGUUCAAAACCAAUUUCCCCACCGCUUUACCAUUUCACCCACUGGAGAUUCUGCUGUUUGUUCUUCUGGGGCUGCUGUGUGGAGCUGUGAGCUGCUGCUACCUCUUCUGUCAUCGCUGGAUCCUGAAGUUUACCAAAACAAACACAGUCGUGCUUAAGAUGCUGACGACAGAGAAGGGUCUGUACUCCGGCCUGGUGGUCUUCUGUCUAGCAUCGCUGACCUUUCCUCACUCUGCUGGUCAAUACAUGGCUUCUAAGUACACCAUGAAGGACCUCCUCACUUCCCUGUUGGACAGCAGGCAGUGGAGCUCCCAUAAUGCAUCUGUGCAACUAGAUCCAUCGCUGGAGUGGCAUUCAUCGGGCACUUCCAUCUUCCUGUCUUUGACUUUCUUUCUGCUCAUGAAGAUGUGGAUGUUGAUCCUCGCCUGCACUCUGCCUCAGCCAGCCGGGUACUUCAUGCCGGUGUUCAUCUACGGAGCGGCUUUGGGCCGUUUGCUCGGUGAAGGAGUCGUUUUUGUGUCCUCCAAUGGGACGAUUUUUGGACAUAAGUGGACAUCUGUAAAUCCCGGUGGAUAUGCACUUGCUGGAGCGGCUGCCUUCUCUGGUGCUGUAACUCACACUCUGUCCCCGGCUCUCCUAGCUGUAGAGUUAACGGGUCAGUUCAGCCACGCUGUGCCCGUCCUCCUCUCCACUCUUGUGGCUAACGCCUUAGCACAGUCUGGGGACCGCCCAUCCUUUUACGACGCCCUCUCCAUCAGUAAGAAGCUCCCACACCUGCCGUCUCUGAAGAAGGCGUGCCCUCGACUUCCCUCCACACCCAUUGGGCAGGUUCUGGGAGUAAGAUCAGUGCAGCUCCAGAAAGCAGCUGGGCCAGCGGAGGUUCAGUGUGCUGUCAGCACCAGCACUGAAGCACAAAUCCCUGUGGUGGACUCACACGAAUCCCAGAUUCUGCUGGGGUUUGUCCUUCGAUCAGAGCUGCAGGUGUUCCUGCAUCGCUGUAAGACUCAGAAGCUGGAAGUAAAUCUGGAUGAAGUCUGCACUAUACACCCGACCUCCACCCUGUUAUCACCUCACAACACAGUUGAGGAGGCCUACGGUUUACUGAAUGUAGCUGGAGCUCAGACUCUGUUUGUGACUGACGGAGGACGAUACAUCGGACACAUCACAUGGCCAGAGAUGAAGCUGAUUUUAGAAAGCCUGGCUGCUGAACUCUAAGCAACGUCAUACUGGGAACAGUACCGUGUUUUCGGCUUACAUCACUGGGUCUCCAUCUCUGGGACGUAAUUUUGGGGGGGGACGGGUGGGACAUGUCCCCUCACUUUUUCAAAGGGCAGUUUUGGUCCCCUGCACUUUUUUCCAUCCAAAAACAAUAUUACGCUCCAUUAAAUGGAUUUGGUUGAGCACUAGGACUGAAACGGAAACCGGUUUCCUAUUAGACCCGCCCAAAAGCUAAUCUAUUGGCUCUGCUGAUACUUGCUAACGUAUUAUUGGCUGUUGCUGCUGUCACUCAAGUUGUAAACAGUCAGAACGUGCUCACGUUGUUUUGCUAGUUUGGAGCCGCUAGGGAACACCGGUACUGAGUCACAUCGUCAACUAGACGCUGUGUAAUAUCAGAGCUCAGCUCAGCUUCCAUUACAUAACAUUUGAAUAAGUGUUCAUUUUUGGGUUUUUGGUAGUUAGGCACAGCCAGGAGGCAGCAUGUCAAGAAAACGAAAAGUGAUAAGAGACUUCUUUCAAAGUCAAAACGUAAGUUGGAACAUGUUACACCCCUGCAUUAAGCUCAGACUCACCUCCUCCUUCACAAACAUACUCAAAACUAACUUUUACAAACUAAUCUCCUCCACAUAACUGACUCCUCAGACACAAUUUAUUCGUAUUAUUAUAAUUAUUUUUUUAUUAUUAUUACUAGUAGUAGUAGAAGUGUAACUUCAAAACUUUUAUCAUUUAACUUUAUUGUAAACGUAUCUAUUGCAAUGUAUAUGUUCACAUUAAAAAGCUCUGAAAAAUGAACAGUAUCAUCAUCGUCAACAGAUUUUUUUAAGCUUAAUGUCAAAGAUGUACACUUUUCAUUAGAUUUAUCUUAUUUUUUCCAUUUAUUUUUUGUGUGUUGAAAUGCAACAACUGUUUAAACACUUUUAAGGGAAAAAACAUAUUUAAUAUGUUUUUAUACACUCAAAUGUUAGGGUGAUGAUCAUGUGUAAAACAUUAGUUCAGCAUGUCCUCUAACACAGCAAAUGAACAAACGGCCAGAUCUCAGGAGGGACCGUUUAUGUAUAAAUAAUUUUUAUACUUUUGACUAGGCCUGGGAAAGUAACACAUUUUGCUGGACGAUAUUUUGUCCAACAAAUUGUUGAUGAUAAACGAUAUCAUUGUCAACAUUAUCUAGACCAAAAUAACCACUAAUAUAAUGUUAAUAUAUCAUAAUAAUGCAAGUACACCCUUUAAAAUGCAACAAAUAAACCUUCAUUUAACAUUGAAAUGUCCAGAACCAGAACUUCUAAAUGAAUAAAAAUAACAAACAAAAAUUCAAUAAAAAAGGAAUCUCACUCCCUGUUAGAAAAUGUUGCACCAAAAACAAUUAAAAAAGACCCAAAACAAUAAAUACAAUGGCCUAUCCAUUGUCAACAGCCAAAACUGCACUU